AUGAAGCGAGGAGCGAAAGAACGAAGCAACCAAAGGGAAAAAAGAUCAAAAGCUGCCAAUUUACCUGCUGAUGACAACAGCCUUGGAAACUACAUUACUAACAACGACGAAUGGUUCAAUGAAGGUGUAACUAGUGGAAAGAAGAGCUCUAAAUGUCUAACGAUUGAGGCUUUGAAAGAAGAUGAAGAUUAUUUCAAACCGACUCAAAAACGUCUGAAGAUCGACUUGGCUCAUUUCUUGAAGACUGGAGAAACUAAACCGUUCAUCUCUAGCACUGCUGCAACUGCAUCGCAGCGGGUUGCAAGCAUUGAUUUCGACAUUAAUGCGAGCAAGAUGGUGUAUAAACGAGACUUGAUAGCAUUGAUCGCUGAGGUGGAAAAACUCUUUGAGUGGAAAGUACACCAGUCAAAAGAGUAUAUCUUGCCGUGUUUUCCACUAAUACAAUCCAGCGGAGCUGGCAAGACAAAACUGCUGUACGAGUCGCAAUGCGCAAUGGCGAACGACACCGUCCACGUGAGACUCAUUCUCUGCACAAACGGAAAUCCUCCAGAAAUGUUGUCACAAAACGGCAGCAUUUUUCCGGAGACAUUGGACGUGAGUCAAUUUCAAGUGGGUGAAGAAGGUCAAAAGAAGCUUUCUGAGAAAAUGGCGACCUUCGUCGAGACAAAUAAUAAGAAAAAGAAGGUUGUAUUGCUCUUUGACGAGUCACAGCGCCUAACCAGCAACAGUGAUGGCUGGCAUUUCCGAUGCAUACGGUGGUGGCUCCGAUUGCCUGAUAAACCAAACGGCGUCAACGUGGUUUGUGUGUUUGCGGGUACAACCACCAGAUUGGCAAACUACUAUGCGGAACAAAAGCAUUCAACUGACUCGAGGAAUGCAAGCGUAAAGUACGUUGGAGGGAAAAAGCUGUACCCUCUGUUCUGUCAACUUACGACGACAGGUCUUGUGCCACGCUCUGAUGGAUCCAAGUUUGGAACAGUAGGUGAGGGCAUCAACGGCAACAUUGUUACGGAGUUUGAUUUCGCAACCCAAUAUGGACGGCCCUUGUUUGGACGAUUGCAACUGAACGGAAAGUUGAAGGAUGCACUUGGAAAUAUCUCAUUCCAAAUGAGAGGUGCGGGCCAGGAGCUCUCACUGCAGAAGUAUUUUUCGCUUUUGGCUGCAAAUGGGGCAAGUGUCGUUUGA